GGUUGCUGGUGAAACCACAGGAGUCUGCGGGCGCGCGCAACCUCAGUUUUGGCCACCUACUGUAAACUACGGAAACUACCUACUCAUUAUUCUAGUUUACUAGAAUUAUUACAUACUACAUGGCCUUUUUUCUUUUGCUUUUUUUUGAAUACUUUUUUUUUGUUUCGCCAACCGCUGUAAAUAGCAGAGUCGUACGACUGGUACAAUCCAACAUCACAUCGUUGAUGAUGUCGCCUUUCAUUUGUCACGGGAUAUAUAUGUCUGACGAUUCCAAGUAGUUUUUGCUCCAUUCAUGCUUUCGUAUCCUGACAUCAGGCGAUCCCCCAUCUGCUCGUCAAAGCCCCGCCGAAAUGACCACUUCAUCGCCCUCAAUCCAAAAUGUUGAGCACUCAUCAUGGCAGCAAAAGAUCGAGCACCACGUUCUGCCGACAAACAUCAACCGGUGAUGACGCCCCCCGCCGGCCGCCUUCGGUUUUUCUCAACAAAUGCAAUGUGUGCUGCUGCCGCUGCUGCUCCGCGUACAGCAAGGCGUUGCGUGUCCAACGCAAAUCCCACAAGCUUCACACACCGGAACUGUCCGAAGAUCCCUAUCCGCUGCAUACACCUUUGCCUUGAACCCAUGCAAAUCACUUGACAUCUUCGCAACCCUCUCCCCCGUCUCCUUCGCGAUAUUCAGCAACACAAGCUCGCGGUCCUCUAGGGGCGCGUAUUUGAGUAUACUGCGCUCGAGAUGCUUGAGCUGUUAGCGCAGUGUAGAGAUGUCGGCGGUGAAGCCUUCGAUUUCAAAGUCGCGGCGGCGUUUGAGGGAUGCCGCUGGUGCCCCCGUUGGGACCGUUCGAUGCUGACAUUUGCAGGACAACGAGGAAGGAAGAUAGUAUCGAAUGUGAGAGUUCAACUCCAUAUGUGGCCAGGUGUCAGUCUCAAGGUCUUGACGCAAUGUCGGCUUGAAGGCUCGCCAUCCAAUCAGAUGCCGUAGCCUGGGAGACGCCGUUGAAGUCGAGCCCGGUGUUGGAUGGGCGCCACUGCCUGAUGUGGGUUAGGGUUAGGUCCCAGGGUGGAAACAAAGCACGCGGCAGUGGCAGCAGCAGCAGCGAGAGAGCGUUCCAUCACGUGGGUUCCAUCACGUGUCG